CUUUCUUACGUCUCUUUCUACUGAGUAUGCAAGCAGCCAACAAAGAACGCAAAAAGGCCUGGGUUGGCCUCGUUCUCGAUGUUUCCGUCUCAUAAGGCAAUUCGAAGUGACCUGUUCACUGCCUCGGCCUAAAACUUGAAACGGCUUCAUAUCUCAGCAUAGAUUGCAUCGUCCAAGGUCACUUUUUUUCAGGAAGGCUUAUUCCCAUUCUUUAAACAUGGUGGCUGCAUCGCUUGCAAAAAUAAUGAUCGUCGCUAUCGGAACUAGCAUGUGGGUGUGGAUGCAAGCUUACGUCAAGGUUCAAGUUGUUUUGCACGGAAAAUCUAUCCUCACGCCUAAACCUCGGAAAGAACCACCACAGUUAACGAAUGAAACGUUUGGAAGGCAUGAAUACGCAAACCUGACCAACAUAACAAUGCAUUACGUGACUAAAGGCUGUGAAGACACUCGUCCAGACCGUCCUAUGUUGCUUAUGCUGCAUGGAUUCUUGGAUUUCUGGUACAUUUGGAACAGGCAGAUACCAGUCCUUGCAGAACAAUUCUGCGUCGUGGCUCCGGAUUUGCGCGGAUAUGGCCUUACCACCAAGCCCAAAAAUCCAGAAGACUACAUGAUGACAAAUCUGAUAGAAGAUCUGAGAGAACUAAUCGAAGUUUUAUUGAUGGCGAUCAAGAGAGAUAUUGUGCUUAUUGGACACGACUGGGGUGGAAUGACUGCCUUCUGCUUCGCAACCAUGCAUGAAAAGUUAAUAGAUGGUCUCAUAAUCAUCAAUGCAGUACACCCUAUGGCCUUUUAUAAGCAGCAAGAGCGAAGUCUGAAACAAAUAAGAAAGAGCUGGUUUAUGCGGCCGUUCCAGCACCCUGAAAUCCCUGAGAAGUAUAUCAUGAUGAAAGAUUUCGCUCUCUUUGACAAGUUGCACAAAGGAUUCACAUUUGAGGAGGAAGAGGCCCACAAGUACAUGUUCUCACAGAAUGGCUCGCUGACUGCCGCCCUCAACUACUAUCGGGCCUUCAACAAAGACCAAGACCAACUCAAGAAACUACCGUACCGCAAGAUCAACGUUACCACCAUUAUUCUAUGGGGAGAGAACGACCAGUUUCUCACCACACGCAUUGCGACGUACAACCAGAAGUGGUUGAGAAAUUCCAAGGUAGUUUACUACACGCGGGCAAGUCACUGGGUGCUCCGGGAGUGCGCCACCGAGGUCAACGAGCACAUUCGCAAUUUCGCGAUGGACGAAUGGGAGGAUGUAGCACCAGAGGAAAGGAGCCUGCAGGCAUGGAAACCAGCUGACAAUCCAUGCGCCGUGUCCAUGAAAUCGGGCAAGAAGAAAAAAGAACCUUCGUUUGCGUUUCUUCCAAGCAGUGUAUUCGUCCCCAAUUUCGCGCAUUAAUACAACCUUCACCGCGAGCUCUCUUUCUCGGUGUUUUGGUUUCCUUUAAUGUAAAGAAAGGAGUUGGUAGAGUGUUCAGAAUGUAUUUCGCGCGAUAUAAGAAUUCAUGGGACAAUUUACAGGAUUGAAACAUUAUGUUAAUAAAGUAUAUAAUAUGCGUGUUACCAUUUAUGUAAUAAACAUUUUGGCUUUGGCUAAAUUGCCCCAAUGAAGCUAUAGUUUACGAAGGCGUUCGGCCAGCACACAUGUCUGGAAAAAUCAAUAAAAUUAUCUCUUCAAGUA